GAUAGAGAGGCGAGGCGCGCGCUUAUUCCGUUUUAUAAAAUGGCGGCGUGAAUUGGGCCGAAAGUGAAUUUGACACAAGCGUGGACGACCAUCAGGGGCAGAUCAGAAUUGUCUUAGUUAAGUCUUGGUGGGCAUCUGAGUCGAGAAAAAAGGGAGCAGAUCUGUGAUGGCUAAAAGGAUCGCGGACAAGGAGCUGACUGACAGGAACUGGGAUCAGGAAGAUGAAGGAGAGGAGGCGGGAAUGUUUUCUAUCGCCAGCGAAGAUGUGAUGAAGAACAGGCCCAUUAAGAAGGCGAAGCGCCGAGCUCCUGGAACUGAGGGUGAGAGCGGGGGCGCUUUCAAAGCCUUCAAAGGCUUCUCUGUGACGGGGUCAGCGCCAGGAGGGGGCGGAGCCUUUCCCAGCUUUGGGAACGGCGCCGGCUUCAAGCCCGUCUCCACCAUGGCCAACGGGAGCAGCCGAGCGUCCGCCACCCCGUCCUUCCCCGGAUUCGCCUCCGCGGCCUCAACCACCACGCCCGCCGCCUCGCUGACGUUCAACGGCCCAGCCUCCUCCCCGCCCCCGACUGCUGAGGUCACAAGCAAGCAGCCCAAUGGCUCCGCCCCCAGCCUGGCUCAGAGCUCCGCCCCCGGGCCGGCUCAGAGCUGGAGCUCCAGCAGCUCCAGCAGCAGCAGCGGCAGCAGCAGCUCCAGCCGGAGCAGGGAGUACAGCCGCCAGCUCACCGCGCUGAACUGCUCCGUCCGGGACUGGAUCGACAAGCACGUCAACGACAACCCGCUGUGCGACCUCAACCCCAUCUUCCGCGACUACGAGCGCCACCUGGCCAGCAUCGAGCAGAAGUACGGGACGGGGGCGGGGCCAGAGAGCCAGGAGAAGGGCGGGAACACCGAGGGCUCUCAGCCAGCCGCUGCCGGCAGCAGCAGCAGCAGCAGCAGCGCCAGUCAAGCCCCGUCGUCGGGGGCGACGGCCCCCGCUCUGUUCCCCCUGAGCGGGGAGAAGGAGAGCGGCCCGCCCCCUGCCGGGGUGUCCUUUAACUUUGGGAAGAAGGUGGACAGCUCUGUGCUGGGGUCCCUGGGGGCCUCCGCGGCCCCGCUGAGCUUCUCCUUCUCCAGCCAGGGCUCCCUCGCGCCCCUCUUCGGGGGCCAGGGGGCCACAACAACCGCGCCCGCCGCCACCUUCUCCUUUGGGGGGGCCAAGACCGAGGCGGCCAGCAGCCAGAAGACAGAAGAUCAGAACGGAGGCGCGGACGAGGAGUCGGAGGAGCCCCCCAAGCCCGUCAUCACGGAGGUCAAGGAGGAAGACGCCUUCUAUUCUAAAAAGUGCAAACUGUUUUACAAGAAAGAGAACGAGUUCAAGGAGAAGGGCGUGGGGACGCUGCACCUGAAGCACGUGGCUGAGGGGAAGACCCAGCUCCUCGUCCGCGCCGACACUAACCUAGGAAACAUUUUGCUGAACAUCUUGGUUCCGGCGUCCAUGCCCUGCUCCCGGAAGGGCAAGAACAACGUGAUGGUGGUGUGCGUGCCCAACCCCCCCGUGGACGACAAGAACCCCGCCGUCGCCGUCCCGCUCCUCAUCAGAGUCAAAACGGCCGAGGACGCCGACGAACUUCACAAAAUGCUGCAGGAGAAGGCGUGAACCCACCCCCCGACCCCCCACCCCACU